CAUGGCAUUUCGUCACUGCUAUGAUCACUAUCACUCUCAGCAAUUCUAUAUAAGGAGCAUUCCGGUGUCUGCAAUUAUCAUCUCAUCACUCCCAAUAACUUUACCCAUCAUCAGUGCUCCUUUGGAUAACUCCAUCGCUUCAACCAAUGGCUGCUACUGCUGUGGAUAAGAGCGUGACAGAGCAAUUGCCUCAAGUGCUGGAUCCUACUGCUGAGCAACCUCCACUUUUCGAUGGAACCACAAGGCUGUAUACCGCUUACAUAUGUCCAUUUGCACAGCGAGUGUGGAUCACCAGGAACUAUAAGGGAUUACAAGACAAGAUCAAGCUAAUUCCUCUCAACCUUCAAAGCAGACCUGCUUGGUAUGGAGAAAAAGUUUACCCCACCAAUAAGGUGCCAGCUUUGGAACACAACGGCAAAAUCAUUGGGGAGAGUCUUGAUUUGAUUAAAUACCUAGACAGCAACUUUGAAGGGCAAUCUCUUCUCCCUGAUGAUCCUGCUAAAAAAGAGUUUGCUGAAGAGUUAUUUGCCUACACUGAUACAUUCAACAGCAUUGUGUUUACUUCAUUUAAGGGAGAUCCAGCAAAAGAAGCUGGUCCUGCUUUUGAUUAUUUGGAAAAUGCUCUCCAUAAAUUUGAUGAUGGACCAUUCUUGCUUGGCCAAUUCAGUUUGGUGGAUAUAGCAUAUAUUCCAUUUGUUGAAAGGUUCCUUCCCUUCUUAGCAGAGGUGUUCAAAUAUGAUCUCACUGCUGGCAGGCCUAAGCUUGCAGCUUGGAUUGAGGAGAUAAACAAGUUUGAGGCCUACAAGCAGACUAAGUUAGAUCCAAAAGAGAUUGUUGAAACAUUCAAGAAGCGGUUUCUGGGUCAGUAAUAUUGCAGGCAAUAUAGAUUAAGAGACUUCAGUUCUCCUACAUAAUGUAUGUUGGUUGAAUAAAAAUAUUAUGUAGUAUUAGCUUUGCAAGGAUCAAACUCAUGUUUACUAAUGUAUUGAUGAAUGGAGUAGCCAGAUGUGCGUCGAGUGCAUAAAUAUAUAUCAAAUUGAAUAAAAUGUUUGUGUUACUGUUGUUUCA